AUGUUCAUUCUUGUAUUCACACCGGUUCAUGAACUUAUUAUCGCUAUGGCUAAUAUGACAGAAUUAAAAAUUAACAAUACAGAGAAUUUAAUGAAUAAGCUUAAAAUCAAGCCAACAACCUUCACAGAAUGGAAACAAAGACAUUAUAUAACAAGUUAUCUUAAUAUGGACCGUAAAGUGAGGAUAUAUGUAACUCGUCCAGACUGGUAUUUGACUGAAGAUUUUCCAAGACUUAAAUAUAAACACGACGAAACCUUAAUUGAUUGUGACAUACCAUGUAUUUGGAAAAUAAAAAAUUUAGAAGACUUAACGUCUAAUGAGCUUAAAGAAGCUGAUGCACUUUUCUGCGUUAAUCAACCAAGUUUACCAGAAAAGAAAGCAUGGGAAGGGCAAAAAUUUAUACAAUAUACAUUAGAGCCUAUGACCCUUUGCCCAGAUUGUCACGAUAAAACCAAUCUAUUUGAUAUCCGCGCAACAUAUGAGGAAAAUUCUGAUAUACCUACAAGUUAUAUUAGAAUGGACGCCGAAAAAUGGAGAACUGCUAUACCUUUCAAUGUAACAAAGCUAUCCCAAAACUCCACAAUUAUCUCGUUUAUUGCUUCUCACUGGACAGAGUUUCGAGAUACUUUUAUUCCAAGCCUUCAAACACAUGUUCCUAUUGCAUCAUUUGGUGGAGUCUAUAAUAACACUGAUUGGAACUUUUAUCCUGAAUGCUCGAAUUUAAAUUACUUUGAAACAAAAAAUUGCAUAGUUUCUAAAUACCCAUUUCAUUUGUCAAUUGAAAACUGCCCAGAAAAUGAUUAUUCUACUGAAAAGCUUUGGGAUACAUUUAAUUUAGGUGUCGUGCCUAUUAUAUGGGGAGCGCCUAAUACUCUAUCAUACUUGCCACAUCCUAAAUCUGCUAUUUUUAUUGAAAACUUUCCUGACUCCGAGGCUCUUGCAAAUCACUUGAAAUAUUUAGUUAGAAAUGAGACUGCGUAUUUAGAAUACCAUGAGUGGCGAACUAUGACGAAUUUGUCUGAUAAUUUUAUGAAAAAAUCAUAUAUGAGCAUGUAUAACCUUGAAUGUAAU